AUGAGCAUGUUAGGCCUUAGAGACCUUGUUCUCAUAGCUCCAACCCCUUCCCUUCACCAAGGCCAACCCAUUUCAGCAGAACACACUUCAAACCUUCCUCUCCCUUCAUCAGCUUCUCUAAGUGUUGGUUUUGGCAUUUUCCCACUCCUAACUGCCACACCUUGCAUGCCACAACCUCAUCAAAACAAUGAAGUUCAAGAUUGCGGUGGCAGCAACAACAACAACAACAACUAUUGGAACCUCAAGAUGUGCCCUGAAGUGAACCCUUCAAAGAAGGGAGUGAUCAACGUGGAUGAUGAUGAUGAGAACCACCACAAGGUUGUGAUGGAGAAUGAGGAAAAUGGAGUGUAUGGUGCUGACUUUAGAGUGUGUCAAGAUUGUGGCAACAGGGCUAAGAAAGAUUGCAUCUUUAGGAGGUGUAGGACUUGUUGCAAGGGACGUGGAUAUGAUUGCAACACUCACGUGAAGAGCACGUGGGUCCCCUCAAUUCGCCGCCGAGAGCGGGAGAUGGCGGUGGCUGCCGGUGGUGCUGGUGCUAAGAGGCCAAGAGCUAUAGUAGGGUCAUCACAAAAUGCCACUGCCACAUCUCAUAGUUCCAACUCUAAUGCUACCACCCCUAAGAGCUUAGCUACUAGCUCUCCUCACCAAGAUGCGGGGUUCAAGCAGUCUUUACCAGGUCAUGUUCGUGCACCUGCUGUGUUCAGGUGCCAUAGAGUCUCUGCCAUUGGAAAUGGUGAAGAUGAAUUUGCAUACUUGGCCACUGUUCAUAUUAGUGGCCAUGUGUUCAAGGGGUUUCUCUAUGAUCAUGGUGUUGAUGGCAAAAAUUCAAAUGCAGUGCCUUGUGUUUCAGAACUGCAAUUGGGCAACAAUUGCAGUGGCAAGAACAGGGAAUGUUCUUCAAUUGGGGUUCCAACCAACAAUGCCUACCCUGCCUCUGCUAGUUGA